UUAUGGACGAACAGGCUACUCCAGGUUAACCGCUUGGAUGUAUAAUUGUUCAAUUAAUGGACGUUGUCAGCAUCAACUACAUCCUCAAACUUACUUUUUUGCCCUUAUCCCACUUAUUCUAUUAGAUCAUAUGUUCAGAAAUAACCUUUUACUUUAUUCAUGUAUGAGCAAAUAUUGUCAGUUAGUUGCUGGACCCGGAAGUUUCCUCCUCAAGAUCCUGCUCACGUCAAGUGUGCCAAUACCCGAGCGCUCGCGCUGUGGAGGCAGGUAACACACGGAUGAAAGUCAACCGGAGAUUCAGCCUCCGUCCCUGGAAAGGAAUAUAAAAAUGGGGAACUCCGACUCCAAAUUGCGUUUUAGAAAAGCGGUGAUACAGCUUACAACAAAAACACAGCCCGUGGAGGCCACAGACGAUGCCUUCUGGGACCAGUUUUGGGCCGACACCACCACCACUAUCCAGGACGUGUUCGCUCUGGUGCCGGCCGCCGAGAUCCGAGCCGUCAGAGAGGAGUCUCCGUCCAACCUGGCAACCCUCUGCUACAAGGCUGUGGAGAAACUGGUGCAGGGAGCAGAGUCCGGCUGCCCCUCGGAGAAGGAGAGGCAGAUUGUGCUGAACUGCGCCCGCCUCCUCACCCGAGUGCUGCCCUACAUCUUUGAGGAUCCAGACUGGAGAGGGUUUUUCUGGUCCACAUUGCCUGGUGCUGGACGGGCCGGGGAGGAUGACGGAGAUGAUGAAGGUGCGAGGCCGCUGGCCGAGUCUCUCCUUGUGGCCGUCGCUGACCUGCUCUUCUGUCCAGACUUCACCGUGCAGAGCCACAAGAAAGCCGGACUGGAUGGCCCAGAGGACAUGGCGUCUCUAGACAGCUGUGAAUACAUCUGGGAGGCCGGAGUAGGCUUCGCUCAUUCUCCCCCUUUCAACUACAUUCAUGACAUGAACAGGACAGAGCUGCUGAAGCUGCUGCUGACGUGUUUUUCUGAGGCCAUGUACCUGUCCCCCUCCACAGACAUAAACACACUUAACCCCUGGGUCACCUUCUUCUGCUCAGCCGACAACAGGCACGCACUCCCUCUCUUCACCUCCCUGCUGAACGUGGUGUGUGCCUACGACCCGGUGGGCUUCGGCGUUCCCUACAACCACCUGCUCUUCUCGGACCACCGCGAGCUGCUGGUGGAGCAGGCCAUGCAGGUGCUCAUGGUGGCCCUGGAGCACGACCUGGCGUCCACCUGCGCACAGCAGCCCCUGGAGCCCACAGCGCCCUCUGUGGAGCUGGAGGAGCAAGAGCCAGUGGGUCCUGACAACCUGUUUGUAAAUUACCUAUCAAGGAUUCACAGGGAGGAGGACCUGCACUUCAUCCUGAAGGGUCUGGCCCGGCUCCUGUCCAACCCGCUGCUGCAGACCUACCUGCCCAACUCCACCAAGAAGAUCCAGUUCCACCAAGAGCUGCUCGUGCUCUUUUGGAAGCUCUGCGACUUCAACAAGAAAUUCCUGUUCUUCGUGCUGAAGAGCAGCGACGUGCUGGACAUCCUGGUGCCCAUCCUCUUCUACCUGAACGAUGCCCGAGCCGACCAGUCCCGUGUGGGACUCAUCCAUAUCGGCGUGUUCAUCCUGCUGCUGCUGAGCGGGGAGAGGAACUUCGGCGUGCGCCUGAACAAGCCCUACUCUCUACGUGUGCCCAUGGACAUCCCUGUGUUCACCGGCACACACGCAGACCUGCUGGUGGUGGUGUUCCACAAGAUCAUCACAAGCGGACAUCAGCGCCUCCAGCCACUGUUUGACUGCCUCCUCACCAUCGUAGUCAAUGUGUCCCCUUACUUGAAGAGUCUGUCCAUGGUGGCUGCCAACAAACUCCUCCACCUUCUAGAGGCUUUCUCCAACAGCUGGUUCCUCUUCUCCUCCACCCAGAACCACCACCUGGUCUUCUUCCUGCUGGAGGUCUUCAACAACAUCAUCCAAUACCAAUUUGAUGGUAACUGUAACCUGGUCUACGGCAUCAUCCGCAAGCGCAACGUGUUCCAUCAGCUGGCCAACCUGCCCUCAGACCCCGCCUCCAUCCAGAAGGCCUUGCAGAGGAGGAAGAAGACUGCCGCUGGCAUCUCACGUGCCAGCUCCAUGGAAACGGUCUCCAUGGAGGGCUCUCGUCCCGCCAUUCCGGCCGAGCCAGGCACACUUAAGGCCAGCCUCGCGGCUACUCCAGGCAUUGAGAAGCUGACGGAGAGGUCUAAGCUGUCCGAGGACGGCAGCAUCGUGUCUCUGCAGGAGAGGCACUCAUCUCAGCCACAGGCUGACCAGAGCGCCAACGCAGGCGCAGCCAGCGACACAGAGUCCAACUCCGGGAGGGACAAUGAGGAUGUUUUCUAUUGUAAAACUGAGACGGCUAGGAGGCGCAUGUCCAGCACAUCAUCCUCUGUGUACUGGGUUCCCACACCAGAAUGGGUCCUCACCUGGAAGAGUAAGCUCCCUUUGCAGACCAUCAUGAGACUCCUGCAGGUGCUGGUUCCACAGGUGGAGAAGAUCUGCAUCGACAAGGGCCUGACGGAUGAGUCGGAGAUCCUGAAGUUCCUGCAGCAUGGCACCCUGGUGGGCCUGCUGCCCGUUCCUCACCCCAUCCUCAUCCGCAAGUACCAGGCCAACGUGGGCACAGCCAUGUGGUUCCGCACAUACAUGUGGGGGGUUGUGUACCUCCGUAACGUGGAUCCCCCAAUUUGGUAUGACACUGAUGUGAAACUCUUUGAGAUCCAGAGAGUCUAGUGGAAGUCUGUUCACACAGGAGCGAGAGACAUGGGAGAAAACAAACUACAGGGACAUUUCCAGUUUGAAAACUCUCUCAGCCAAUGGCCUCCACCCCGACCGCUUGAGUUUCCCAAUCAGUGAAGGAGGAGUACAAGUGAAGAGACCUGCUGCCAUACCAAAAGACCUGGGGGGAGGCCAUUUUGUUUUGUGACGCUUCGUUGAUAUUUAUGAAUUCUGCAACCAUGAGCUUGCCCUGGAGGCAUGACUGAAUAAACCCUAGGAGGCUUUUUGAGCACUUCCAAUGACA